CAUCCCUCUCCAGUCCCUCCCUUCUCAUCCCUCCGCACCUUUACUCUCACGUGUGCUCGCAGGCACUUAGGCAGAAGUGAGCCCUGUGGCUCUGCGGAGACGAGUCUGUUGGGUUUAAAGAAGGAAACAAACAAACAGACAGAACCCUCAGGCCAAGUCCCAGCAUUAAAAUUGUUACCUUGAAGAAGCUGAGUGGAGCAGUGUGAAGAGAUGAAUGGACCGGUGGAUGGCUUGUGUGACCAUUCUCUAAGCGAGGAAGGGGCCUUCAUGUUCACUUCGGAAUCUGUAGGAGAGGGGCACCCGGAUAAGAUCUGUGACCAGAUCAGCGAUGCAGUGCUGGAUGCGCAUCUCAAGCAGGACCCCAGUGCCAAGGUGGCCUGCGAGACGGUGUGUAAGACGGGCAUGGUGCUGCUGUGCGGGGAGAUCACCUCCAUGGCCAUGGUGGACUACCAGCGGGUGGUGCGGGACACCAUCAAGCACAUCGGCUACGACGACUCGGCCAAGGGCUUUGACUUCAAGACCUGCAACGUGCUGGUGGCUUUGGAGCAGCAGUCCCCGGAUAUUGCCCAGUGUGUCCAUCUGGACAGAAACGAAGAGGAUGUCGGUGCCGGAGAUCAGGGCCUGAUGUUCGGCUACGCCACAGACGAGACGGAGGAGUGCAUGCCCCUCACCAUCAUCCUGGCGCACAGACUCAACGCCCGCAUGGCGGAACUGCGGCGCUCGGGGCAGCUCCCCUGGCUGCGGCCCGACUCCAAGACGCAGGUGACAGUGCAGUACACGCAGGACAGUGGCGCGGUCAUCCCCGUGCGCAUCCACACCAUCGUCAUCUCCGUGCAGCACAACGAAGACAUAACGCUGGAGGACAUGCGCAGGGCCCUGAAGGAGCAGGUGAUCAGGGCCGUGGUGCCGGCCCAGUACCUGGACGAGGACACCAUCUACCACCUGCAGCCCAGCGGGCGGUUUGUCAUCGGAGGCCCCCAGGGGGAUGCGGGCGUCACUGGCCGUAAGAUCAUUGUGGACACCUACGGCGGCUGGGGGGCGCACGGCGGGGGCGCCUUCUCCGGGAAGGACUACACCAAGGUGGACCGCUCGGCCGCGUACGCGGCCCGCUGGGUGGCCAAGUCCCUGGUGAAGGCGGGGCUCUGCCGGAGAGUGCUUGUGCAGGUGUCCUAUGCCAUUGGUGUGGCCGAGCCACUGUCCAUUUCCAUCUUCACCUACGGAACCUCCCAGAAGACAGAGAAAGAGCUGCUGGAUGUGGUCAACAAAAACUUCGACCUUCGGCCUGGCGUCAUCGUCAGGGACUUGGAUUUGAAGAAGCCCAUCUACCAGAAGACGGCAUGCUACGGCCAUUUCGGAAGAAGCGAGUUCCCCUGGGAAGUUCCGAAAAAGCUUGUGUUUUAGUGCCGGUGGGACCGGGCCUGGCCGCACCGUGGAGGCAUCUGGGUGGAACAGAGCCGUGUUCCUCUUCUUUAGGACCCCAACUCUCAGAUCUCCCGGACCCCGGGCUGGGCCUUGCCCACCCACUGCCGCCCCCCUGGCAAAGCCAGGCCCCUCUGAUUUAGCAGGAGGAGGGGGCCUCCUGGUGCCGGGCUCAGAUCUCGUGAGGAUAGUCACGAGGUUCCCCUGCCUCUCCCUCAGACCAAGGCGAUGCGAAUUUAGUGGAAAUCCCACCCCUGUCGGCAGUCAAUCCCCUCGCUCACCUUCCCCCACGGCCUGGACGCUGACCAGCCCCUGCCUCCCUGGUGUGUGCCGAGGGCAGCACACGGCACAGAUCUCAGGGCUCCGUGUGGGCCUGGGUGUGCCGGGGCUGCCCCUCACGUCUGCGGCCGUGCGGUCAGCGUCCUGAGCCCAGGCCUUCCAGAGGCCCUCCCAGGCUGGGCUUGUGGCAGGGGUGAGAGCGUCUAGUGUGUAAGGGACCGAGCUACUCACUGAUUCUCAUUUCUUCUUCACUGCAACACAGUGAGGUGACACCCUGUGUUACCUGCAUGUAUAGAUGGGGAAGCCGAAGUAGCUUUCACAGGGCCCCUCAGCUGCGUGGGUCAGGGCCUAGAUGUGAGAGCGGGAGCCCAUACACCGUGUCUCCCACCGCCAGCCCCCCCACCAUCUCAUGCCAGAGACAGGUCUGAGCAAUGACCAAGCGGAUUGAGAUGAGGCUGUGACCUCUGUCCUGAAGACCUGAGGUUGCUGGGAAUUAGGGGAUUAACCCCUUGGGGAGCCCUGGGCCAUGAUCUGCAGAGUCAGGACAGAACCAGAGGGGUGUUUCCUUUGCCUCUUUCAUUUCAGAAGACAGUUCGGGGUGCGCUGGCUAUCCUGGCCCACGGGGCUGGGCUGGAGUUGGGAAUUAAGAGGCAACGGUAUAAUCCCAGCCCCUGACCACUCAGGGACAUGCAGGGCUGGGCCUGUGGCCCCCGGGGGUAAGGGUCCAAGGCCAGUCCUGUCCCAUUGGGCUUCCUAGAGCAGGAGCAGGAGCUUGUCCCGUAAACAAGGGAUGGAACCCUGUGUCCUCCACGGCUUUCUCUCUCUCUGGCCCCUUUGUAACCCCUGCAGUCUGAGUGCUGUUGGAAUAAGUGGGUGAGCCCUUCAGACCCCCCUUCCAGAGAGGACGGCCCUAAGGCCCGAAUAUCAAAUGUUAAAUGGUGACUCAAGUGGCAGGGCUUGACCCCUAAUGGGAGAUAAGUCAGUCAGGAUGUCAUGAGAUUUCUGCCUUUACCAGGCAGCCUCUGGGGGCAGCUCUACCCCUGAGGUCCUGGGUGGUCCUUUGCGCACCAGGGUCUUGGAAGCUGCACAUUCCCCAGCCUUUCCAUCUGUGGCUGGCACCCACUCCCCCCAACCCCCUUCCUCAACCUGGGCCUCUGACAGCUGCACCUCUACCUUCUCCCCAGCUCCCGAGACCACAGGCUCAGGUAGGGGCCUCCAUGGGCUUCCGGAGAACACUGGGGACUGGGCUUCUUUCUGGGGCACACGGUGCUGGAUCUGGCUGGGAGACACAGCCCAGGAAGCCUCAUCUGGGUAGCAGAUGGCCAGCAGCUGGGCUCUAGGCCUGAAGCACAAAGACCCUUGGCUUUCUCUUCCCCUCAGGGAAAAGGCAGCUGUUCAGGGCAGAAAAAGAAGCCCAGAUCUCCAUAAAAACCUAGAGUUGGUGUGUGAUACGGAAGCUCAAGUCUCUCUCAGGGCUCCAGGUCACCCAGGAAGUCUUGAGUUCCUUUCGGGAGAGGGAGGCUCAGCUUUGCAAGUGGCUGAGUUCCUCUAACUUGGGCCAUAUUCAAAGUGAAAAUUCAGAAUUUUAUACUUUCCCCACCCGCUGGAGAAACAAGGUUUUUUUGGGUCAACAGUUUAUAUGAAACUAGAGUCUUUAUUUGUUAAUAUAGUUCCUGCU